AUGGAUUUUCUCUCUUCCCUCACCUCCUCAUCUUCCUGCCCUCACUUGUAUCACUUAUCCACUUUCCCUGGCAACACCUCCCUUUCGACCGUCUCCGAUAUCAGCCAAGUGAUCUUCCUGCAUUACAACCACACAGGCCGGCUGAAGAACAGGAAUGUCUAUAACUCCCAAAACAACAUAAGCGCCUCCAUGAUCGCUUUCCUUUUCAUCAGCAUUUUCAUCAUUUUAGAGAAUUCCAUUGUGUUGAUGGCUGUCGUUUUCCGCAUCCGUCGCAGUUGGCGAUGGGUGUACGUGUGUAUCGCCAACAUCACACUGAGUGACCUCCUGACCGGUGUUGCCUACCUGGUCAACAUCUGUAUGUCCGGUAGUUGGACUUUCCAGCUGACGCCUGCCCUUUGGCUUUUCCGUGAGGGCAUGCUUUUUGUCACCCUGGCUGCUUCCAUUUUCAGUUUGUUGCUGAUUGCCGUGGAGCGAUACAUGACUAUAAUGAAGCCACUGCCUCAGAAGUCAGCUAGAAGCACAUUCUUUAGGAUUUAUGGCUUGGUGGCCCUCUGCUGGGCUUUGGCGCUGGUGAUCGGCUUCCUUCCCUUGCUGGGCUGGAACUGUGUGUGCAGUCUAGACAAAUGCUCCACCCUUCUCCCACUCUACUCAAAAACUUACAUCUUGUUCUGCCUUUCCCUCUUCAUCCUCAUCCUCCUGGCUAUCGGCGUGCUCUAUGGCGCAAUCUAUAGCCACGUGCACAAAAGCGCGCGACUCCAGCGGUGCCGCAAACGCUCCAUGGCUCUUCUUAAGACAGUGAUCAUCAUAGUUGGAAUCUUCCUGCUCUGCUGGGGGCCACUGUUCCUUCUACUGCUGGUGGACUUCUUCUGCACAUCCCGGCAGUGCAGGCCACUCUUCAGCGCCGAUUUCUUUAUCUCCUUGGCUGUGCUCAACUCAGGUGUCAAUCCUAUUAUCUACGCCCUGGGCAGCAGCGAAAUGAGGAGAGCAAUGGCCCAGCUCCUGUGUCGCCGCUGCCUGAAGGAGGGCCUGUGUUGCCUAGAAGGGCUGUCCUCCAAGGACACCAGCAGCACCUCAGAGAGCAAACAGGACAGCCUGAGGAACAGUUUUAACAACGUCAGGAACCUCAGUGUUGCCUUCCCGCCACCAACCCCCAAAAAAGCCUGCAAGACUUCGAAAAAAUGCAGGCUGAGCUCUACCACCAGCUGCCUCUCGGUUUCAAGUGGUUAG